UUAAAUGUCACUAAUGUCAUUCAGUGAUGGCAAGAACUUGUAAAAGAUAGAACUCUCUGUUCAAAAUCAAUCAAUUUUCCAUUAUCGAAUCCGAAUCUCGCGAAAAACACCGUAAAAAUGCCACAGGAUAACGAUCACGGUGUGGAAGACACACCGUCACAACGGCUAACCAAUGACGAUUUUCGAAAACUUUUAAUGACACCUCGCGCUCCGCCAGGUUCUGGACAUGCAUCCGGAUCGGUUCGAGAGGCAAUGGCCAGUUCAAGCAGCAGUAAAGCAAUGCCACCUCCAUCAGAACGGCACGAAGCUAGACGAAAGAAGAAGAACUUUUAUGCGGCUCUGAAGAAACAGGAGGACAAUAAACUGCAAGAAUUGGCCGACAAAUAUCGUGAUCGAGCUCGUGAACGUCGUGAUGGUGCUAAUCCUGAUUAUCAAGCCAUGGAUGUUACUGGUGGAGCAUACCGUGCUGUCGCACCGGAUCUGAAAUCUGGCCUGGACGCUGCCGAAAGACGUAGACAAAUGAUUCAGGAGUCAAAGUUCUUGGGUGGUGACAUGGAGCACACGCAUUUGGUAAAAGGUCUGGAUUAUGCGUUGUUGCAGAAGGUGCGCAGUGAGAUUGUGGUGAAAGAGCACGAACAAGAAGUGGAAAUGGAAAAGUUGGCAGAAGAAGCCGAAGAAAAGGAAAAAGAGGAGGAGAAAACGCUCACUGAAGAACCGGAAUAUCGAUCGAUAAUGGGGAAAAACAUCCACAACAUUGUCACAUUCUACCGAUCACGGCAUGUUGAAAGGAAUGAUUUAUUUGCACCAGGUCGCAUGGCGUAUGUGAUCGAGUUGGAAGAUGAAAAUGCCGAAUCCGACAUACCAACCACAUUAAUCCGAUCUAAGGCUGAUGUACCAGUAACCCAUGCAGACAUUCAAACACUAACAACAAAUGACAUUGUAAUCAACAAGCUAGCACAGAUUUUGUCGUAUUUGAGACAGGGUGGUCGCGGUAAGAAAAACAAACGAAGAGACAAGGACAAGCCGUUGAUAAAGGAGCCGGAAAGAGACAAAGAAACAAGAGGAGAUCGGGAAAGAGAUAGAGAACGAGACAGAGAUCGAGGUCGAAAUCGGGAACGAUAUGAUCGUUCGGAUCGAAAUAGACGAGAAAAAGAUGUCUCUAUCUACGACGACAUCGGCGAUUAUCGACCGCGUCGAACUGGUGAGAGUAGUUACGACAGCUCAUCUAAACCAUCUUCCAGCGGAGAAAGUUCGCGAAGAAAUCGAAACUAUUUCGAUAAGUCAAGUGAACAAGAAGAAAAGGAAGCUGGAGCUAUCACGCUUCCCCCACCUCCAAAGAUUUCAACAAAUUUGAUAUCCAAACUAACUGCAGAACCGGAAGGCUAUGCUGAAUGCUAUCCAGGACUCCAAGAAAUGGAUGACGCCAUCGAAGAUUCCGAUGAUGAGGUGGAUUACACAAAAAUGGAUUUGGGCAACAAAAAGGGACCGAUCGGUCGUUGGGAUUUCGAUACUCAGGAAGAAUAUUCGGAUUACAUGAGCACGAAAGAGGCCCUGCCGAAAGCUGCUUUCCAAUAUGGAGUGAAAAUGCAAGACGGCCGAAAGACAAGGAAAAACAAAACGGAAAAGAGCGAAAAAGCGGAACUAGAUCGCGAAUGGCAAAAAAUUCAGUCGAUAAUGAAUAAGCGGAAGAAUAAGGGAGGUGACGAGCCGGACUUUAAGGUUCCACGGCAUUGAUAUGGUAGCGAUAGAAUUGAUGUGGAAAUACAAUGAGUGCGUAUAAGGCG